GUCGCUGCUCCAACCAUUGUGCUCAUCUUUCCGUCGCUCUCGUCGGCAUUUCCUUCGUUUACCUCGACAGCCCAACACCGGGGUCACGUUCUUUACCAACACCGAAGGGCUUUGCCCUACAUAGCACUGAACAAAACUGCACCGAUAGUAUAUAGCGUCAACUUUACAUCAUGAAGAGAGGAUUCACCCAUGUUCGCGUUGGCCACGCUGGUGCCGCUGCCAAUCACCACAAAAAGCGUACUUCCUCUUGCACUUCUGGCGGUUUAUACACCAGUCCUACCACUGGAGCAUCCAUUUCGACAGGCAGUCCCGUCAACGUUUCUUGGGAUACUACCUGUCUCAACAGUUCAGCCAUUGAUAUUUAUUUAUAUGCUCCAUCUCUCGCCACUUCACUUAUUCAUAUGUGGCAAAAUGUCAACUACGGUCUCGGUAGCUAUCAGACUACCCUACAACCUCAAUGGUGGAAUGACUCAUCAUCCAUCGACCUUCAGUUCUCUAUACUGGAGUCUGGCACUUUUCUUUACCAAAACACUCUUCCUGCCGGGCCUAUAUUCACUGCCACUUCUUCCGGUUCUUCCACGGGAUCCAGUGGUGCUGGGACAUCCGCCGGUAUCACGAGUGUCGACAACUUCCCGAGCAACCACUCAUCCGAUAAGGGCAAGAUUGCUGCUGGUGUGCUGGUACCCUUAAUCUUCAUCGGCCUCGGUAUUGCGGCUUACCUUAAGAUGAGCCGUUCGAAGGGAAAGGAGAAGCGAAGGCGUUUCAGCGAGGCUAUCGACAAACGUAUGUCCACAAUCUCUACCGAUUGGAAAUCGAUGUCUGCAGCUGGCGCAAGUGCUGCCAUUCGCAACAGUAUCGCAGUAUCCAGUGCUGGAAAUCGCAACUCCUCCUUUUCGUUCGGUGCCAUUCGCCCGGUCAGCACAGUCGCUGUCGAUGGUGCUCAUUCGAACAAUGAGAAACUUAGUAUGGACUCAUCUGCUUCUCCCGUGAGCCACCUGCGUCCCGUGCGACCCUCCGGCCUUGGAGAUCGCGUUUCGCGAGUAUCAUUCGCUGCUGAUGUACGCCCCUCCAUGGAGUCUCGCCGCACGGUCACCAGUCGCGCUUACCACACUGGUUUCGUGCCCCCUGUUCCUCCGCUUCAUGGUGCGGGAGAAUUGUCGCCUACGCAAACCAAAGGCGCUUUCUCUUUGACUCCAGAAGAUAUCCGGACUCGGAUAUCUGUGUCCGGAGACUUCGCGUCCCGUCCUAGUAUGGAUGAAGUCUUCCCUGCCCUAAGUAUGAUGCGCACAGGUGCUGAAACCCAGAACCUGGGAGAUGACUAUCUCUUGCCUCACAAGCCAAGUGUGGAAAUGCCUACACCCCCGAGUCCCAUCCAUGCUGCUCCUACGUCACCCGUUGGUAUGAUGCCUAUGCCUGCCAGCGUUAUGUCUCCCGACGAAAUGCUGCGUGCCUAUGCCGAACGUAGGAUAGCAUCUCCUCCACCAGUGGGUGCUCCGACUUUUCCGCUACCUGUUGUGAACUACAAUGGCAACGGCAUGCGGACACUGUACUCUCCAGGUGCACCGGCACCGGCCUCUCCUGCUAUGGCCAGGCCGCCUAGGAAGAGCAUUUCCUUUGCCGACGAGGACGUUGGCGUUGUCGAGAACGCCGAUGAUACUCACCUUGGUUUGGCUACUUGAUUCAGCCAAUCUGUGCGAUACCUUCACCCAUCCUGUGUAGUAUGAUGCCAUGACAGCCCUGUGAGAGUAGUUUGGAUCUUUUACAAUCUGUUUUCUCCUUUUUUGAUAUUGCUUCUGCUCCUUCCAAUUUUUAAUUCACGGAGUUGUAUCUUAUUCCAGAAAUUGUUACAUUAUUUCUAUCCUUUCCCCUUGGUUUUGAAUCCAGACAACCUUGCUUGCUUAGUCUGGUUCAUGGCAGGCAUCCAUACCCGCAGCCUGAUGCUCAACUCCCUUGUUCGCCCGUUUUGUUUUGUUUAGGUAUUAGUAGUUUGAGCGCUUUUCUUCCCAUCAGCCUGGAGCUCUUGCUUGAUCGUCUAAAUCGCUAUGCCGCGUUUUUGCACAUGGCUUGGACGAGUUUUAUUGACAUUUGCGAUCCUAUUUCAUCUCUACUGUAAGAGUCGAAUACGGUUAUGGAGGUGUCUAGGACUGAUUCUGGUAGAGUGCACCGGAUUUAAAUUUUAUUGGUUAACUGGGUUUUCAAACAUUGAUUAAUAUUGAUUGUCAGAUUAA